AUGUUUAACACAACCAGUCGCCCGAUGCCCGUGGGCUCCAUUAUCUUUUCCAUCGUCGCGCUCCUCGUCAUCUCCCUUGUUGUCCUGCUCAUUCUGCGACACUAUCUGCCGCUCCGGUCCACGCCGGCAUUCUACUCUGUCCCCAUCUUCUUCGCGAUAUGGCUCCCGUCCGUGAUUGUGCUCUUGGUGCCGAUAGACCUGGCCUCGAGCUCAGGAACUGACGAUGACGGGACGCGCGGCAUCUGGCUCCCCGAACGGGUCAUUCUUGUCUCAUGGAGGAUAACGUACUGGCUCACGUUUGCCCUGACUUGGUUCCUACUACCGAUUCUUGGCGAAUACUCCGACGCUGGAUAUCGAGAGCCCUACGACCGACUCAUGUACUCGCUCCGAUCGAAUGCACAAUUUUACUCCGUCAUAGUGGGUUCCGCCAUCAUUGGACUCGUAUACGUCGUCGUUCGAUACGAUGUUACGUAUGACUCUCUCAAGUCCGUAGUAAUGGCUUUGGCUUACUGCUGGGGUUUGAUCUUCGCCAUCUACCUAAUGGGACACGGGCUAGUCUCCAUACCGAAGCGCCUGAUCCGCGACGCCAACAUAGCGAACAAACUGCACCGGAUGCAAGCCAAGGCGCCCAAAGCAUACGAGAAAAUGGAAGACUCUGUAACGUCCUUGGAGGAAAUCGAAGCUCAAGUGGCUGAGCUCGCGAAGCGCAAAGUUGGCAGCGCCGCCGACUUCCGCGACUGGAUCGAGGAGUUGCAGGAAAUCGCCAACAUAGCCGAGACAAGACCGCACGCCACAGCGUUUGAUGUGAAUACCAUGGAUCGAACUGUACCAAAUAUUUUCACGCCGAAAUACCUGGCCGACUUGACGCGGCGACUGGUUCGAGCUAAGCACGCGAGGUCGCGCUUCGCUCAUGAGUGGCACGAUUUGGUGAAUGAGGCUGGGAAGGCACAGCGGAUCCUAGACUCUGCGGCAUCAAAGAAGCUUGAAUUCGGGGACGCAUCACCCCAUGCGGGGAUAUGGGACAAAGCCAAGCUACUCAACCCCUAUACCAGGUAUCUAUGGCAUUACCAGAUCGGGCCGUACAUGCAGAUUGGUCUGGGAGUACUACUCGCCAUGGCGUCGGCGUGCAUCGUUUGGUCCGAAGUUGUCAAGCUGCCUUUUCCACACCUGUCCAUUAUCCGUCUGAGUGUCAUUCAUCACUGGGUCGGCGACAAGGCGGAAGUGGGCUUCGCCGGACAAGUCAUUUCUGCCUUUUGGAUCUGCUACAUGUGCGCUGCCGCGCUCGUGACCAUGACCGAAGUGAAGGUCUGGCGCGGACGCGCUCUCGUGCGGCGCAACACCGGCUACGAAGCGGCCUUUUGGUACGCCAUGCAGGUUGCCAAGCUGACCGUCCCGCUGUCGUACAACUUCUUGACUUUCUUGUCUAGCGAAGUGUACACCAAGACGGCCUUUUACGGGUUUCUGGGCCGUCUCAUCGACUUUACCCACCUCGGUCGGUGGUUUGACGACUUGUUCCCCUACUUUUUAAUCAUUCCCGUCCUCGCCGCCACGUUUGGCUUGUAUGGCAGAGCGAAGCGUCUCUUUGUUGGCAUUGACCUGCUCGACGACGACGAGGAAAACUUGACCGGCUAUGGCACGGGCUCGUGGCGCGAGGGCCGCGACCUGAUUGAACGCGAGCUGGGCGGCGAGACCGUCCGCCGCCGUGACGAGCUGUUUGCGAGGCUGGCGGCCGCAGGCAGCGGCAACAACCGGGCGGCGCCUGUUCUGUCUGUACCACCGGGCGAAAGCGCGUCCCGCGGUGCACCGAGAACAAUCGGUAUAGGCUCGGCCACAGGAGCCCAAAGAGCGGGUGCGUCCUCCUCCCAUCGCUACCUGGACGAUGCGCCGGAAGACGACAGCCUGAUUCAGAUCAUCGGUCACCGCAUGAAGAACACGGUGGAUAACAUAGAAACACCCAAAUGGUUCCAGGACCUGGGACAGGGCUUCAAGAAGCCCAAAUGGAUGGGUGGCGGCGAAAGCAGUUCGGCCGGCUCAGAAAGAAGCGAUAUCCGAAGUUGGUUCGGUGGUAAUGGCAGCAGCAACAGCAGUGGUGGUGGGCAGAUUCGACUGUAA